AUGAUUAUUCCUGUUCGCUGUUUCUCCUGUGGGAAGGUUGUUGGAGAUCUCUGGGAGCGCUACCUUCAGCUCCUGGAUGAAGGCAUUCCGGAUGGCGAUGCAAUGGAUCAGUUAGGAUGCAAACGGUAUUGCUGUCGCAGAAUGAUAAUGACCCAUGUUGAUUUAAUCGAAAAACUUCUACGUUAUAACCCUACUGAACGGGAGCGUGCAAAGUCUCAAAUAUGA